AUGAAGGAGACCGCGGCCAAGCGACGUGACAAAGCGGCGACCAAGGACAAAAAGGAUCCAAAAGAAAUCCCCAAAAGUUCCGAGCCCCAGGAUCAAGACAUGCCCGAGGAGGAGGCCCCAGCGGCGCCUACAGCCGGGGAGAAGGACGCGCUGACACUGGAGGAUAUCAAAGAGCACGUCCGUCAAAUAGAGAAGGCUGUCCAGGGGAAGGAGCCACGGUACGUGCUGCGUGCGCUCAGAGCUUUGCCCGCCAUUACCCGCCGCCUCAACACCACCGUGAUCCACAAGACUGUGAGCGGGUACUACACCAGCAACACCAGCACCAGGGAGUACCUGCUGGGGUUCAUCGACGAGCCCAUGGAGAUGGCAGAAGGAGAUGUUCAGUUCAGACCUCGCACUGGUAAAGCUGCUGCUGCUCCUCUGCUCCCAGAGGUGGAGGCGUAUCUGCAACUGCUGCUCGUGAUUUACCUGUGUAACAACAAGAGCUACGCGCAGGCUCAAAAAGUGUCCGAUGACCUGAUGCAAAAGAUCUGCUCAAAGAACCGCAGAGCACUGGACUUGGUGGCGGCAAAGUGCUUCUACUAUCACAACAGAGUCUACGAGCACCUGAAGGAGCUGCACACCAUCCGCAGCUUCCUCCACAUGCGGCUGCGCACCUCUACGCUCCGUCAUGACACUGAUGGACAAGCUGUGCUGCUGAACCUACUGCUGAGGAACUAUCUGGAGUUUAACUUGUACGACCAGGCAGAGAAGCUGGUGUCCAAGUCAGUUUUCCCGGAGGUGGCCAACAACAACGAGUGGGCCAGAUACCUGUACUACACCGGGCGCAUCAAGGCGAUCCAGUUGGAGUAUUCUGAGGCACGACGCACUCUGACCAACGCCCUGAGGAAAGCACCUCAACACACAGCAGUGGGGUUCAAACAGACGGUCCAUAAACUCCUCAUUGUGGUGGAGCUGUUGUUGGGGGAGAUUCCAGAACGACUGCAGUUUAGACAACCGUCACUCAAGAGGUCUCUGCACCCCUAUUUCCUCCUCACCCAAGCGGUCCGCAUGGGGAACCUUGCAAAGUUUAACCAGGUCCUGGAGCAGUUUGGGGAGAAGUUCCAGACCGAUGGGACCUACACUCUGAUCAUCAGAUUGAGGCACAACGUCAUCAAGACAGGUGUGCGUAUGAUCAGCUUGUCCUACUCCCGAAUCUCUCUGAGCGACAUUGCACAGAAACUACAGCUGGACAGUCCGGAAGACGCAGAGUUCAUUGUGGCCAAGGCAAUCCGGGAUGGUGUGAUUGAAGCCAGUAUAAACCAUGAAAAGGGUUUUGUUCAGUCCAAAGAGACGAUGGACAUCUACGGGACCAGAGAACCUCAGCUGGCAUUCCACCAGAGGAUCUCUUUCUGUCUGGACAUUCACAACAUGUCUGUGAAGGCCAUGCGGUUCCCUCCCAAAGCCUACAACAAGGACCUGGAGUCUGCAGAGGAGCGACGUGAACGUGAGCAGCAGGACCUGGAGUUUGCCAAAGAGAUGGCUGAGGAUGACGAUGACAGCUUCCCCUGA